AUGGUUCUCACUCUAGUUGGCAGCACAUCCUCCACUUGCUCUCUGCGCGUUGCGAUGGUUCUCCACGAGAAGAAAGUCCCCUUCGAGUUCAUACCCAUCGACCUGGCCAAGGGCGAACACAAAGCACCCCCGUACAUGGAAAAGCAGCCCUUCGGCGUCGUCCCAUACAUCGACGACGACGGGUUCAUUUUGUAUGAAAGCCGUGCGAUCUGUCAUUACAUCGCAUCCAAGUACGCCGGACAAGGCAACGAUACGUUGAUCCCGUCCUCUGAUCUCAAAGCCAUCGCGCUGUUCCAUCAAGCCGCGUCCACCGAGCUCUGCCACUUCAACGACUUUGCAGAGAAGAUCGUCGUCGAGAGGGUCUUCAAGCCGAUGAAUGGACUCGCUACGGACGAAGAGCACGUCAAGCGCCUUCUUGCGACGUUGGAGUACAAGCUCGAUGCGUAUGACAAGAUCCUGGGAAAGCAAAAGUAUCUUGCUGGAAAUACAUUCACCUUGGCGGAUUUAUUCCACAUUCCGUAUGGCGCCCUCCUUCCUGUUGCAGGCGCCCCUGCUCUUGAUCUUGACAAGAGGCCCAAUGUUGCUAGGUGGUGGAAGGAUAUCACCUCCCGCCCUACCUGGAACGCGGUCAAGGACGGUGUUAAAGCACACACCGGCGCUUAUUAA